GCCCUGGGGUCUGCGCACCCAGUGCCAGGUGAGGGCGUGACCCUGGGGUCUGCGCACCCAGUGCCAGGUGAGGGCGUGACCCUGGGGCCCCCUUUCCCACCCCUAGUCCCCGAGAGUCUGAGCCCACCCCGGUGUGGAAACCCUGCCGUGCUGCUUCCCCUGGCAGCUGAGGUGCACACGUGGCCAGCACACGUGGAGGGAGAGGCCCCUGCUGCCGCCGUGGUCACCUGGGGCACAGCAUACACACCAGGUCCCCGUGGGACCACCCGGUUGUCCCAGGCCACAGGGCGGGUGAAGAGCCAUGUGCCAGAGGAGGGUAGGAAGGGGACGGCAGGAGCUGAAGGUCCCCCUCCCCACAUGACCCUGCUGCUGCCCCGCUUCUCCCUCCCUCGUGGCGACAGGUUACAGGUCGCCUCCGGCCACACGAAGGGCAGGCUGCCCAGGGCCAGGUGGCCGUGGACCCGUGUUUGCCGGACUCUCUGGUCACGAAGAGAAGACGAGAACCCCUUGCCCGCCCCCAUGAAGACUUUAGAUUCGGGCACAGUCACAAGUAAAUGGGAAGCUGAUGGGAGAGAGGAAAACCGUGGCUCCGGGCUUUUGCUGUGAGCUUGUAUUAAACAACAACGGGGCGGCAUUCGCACGCCACGUGCCCCCACAUUUGUGAGUGCGCCGACCCCGUGGCUGUGAGGACCGUGGCGAGGCGGGGCCUCCGGGCUUCGAGCCUGGUGCUUGGGGACUGUGCGGGUGCCGUGAUGGCGUGGGGGUCGGUCCCUCUGAGCUCAUCCUCCGGAGAGCGGCGGAUGGGGAAACCGCCUGCAGACGGGACCACGGCAGCGUCCCUCCGUCGUCCCCACCCGGUCAGAUCAAGGGCCGAGUGAGGGCCGAAGCCGUGUUCUGAGCCUCGUUCCCCGCGGCCUGGCCGAAGUCUGCGUUCGUGCUCCAAACAUAACAGCUUUUGGUUAAAGCGAUCUCACCGACAUCACAUUUAUGGGAAAGUCACGCAUGCUCACUCGCUGCCGUUUGGGCCGUUUUCUCACUACUUGGAUGUUUUCCUGCUGCAGCGUGGGUUGCUGGGGAAUUAGAUGCUGCGACCCUCCCAGCACAAGGCCUCCGGGCUGGCCCUCGGCUCUGGGAGGGGCUCUGCCCACUGACUUUCAACAACGACCCGGCCCUCUCAGGUCCGGCCUCUUUGGCCUGCCCCCGUUGGCUCCGCUGCCACAGCCCGAGGACCCCCCUGUCAACGGCUGCAACGGCCCGGCCCCCCCAGAGCAGGACGGAGAGGCAAUGCAGCUGGGGACGGGCCCUCCGCCGGCACCCUGCGGGGACCAGGCCCCCGAGACCACGGGCCCCAAGCCACCCCCGCCUUUCGUGCCACCGUUCCCGCCGUACUUUGAGGGAGCCCCCUUCCCUCCCCCACUCUGGCUGAGAAGCACCUACCGGCAGUGGGUCCCGCAGCCGCCGCCCCGGACCAUCAAGAGGACCCGCCGGCGCCUGUCCCGGAACCGAGAGCCCGGCCGGCUGGCCCUGAGCCCCAUCUGUCUGCGGCCGCGCCGCGUGCUCUGUGAGAAGUGCAAGAGCACCCUGAGCCCCCCCGAGGCCGGCCCCGGCCCCCCAGCGGCCCCUCAGCCGCGCCGCAGGGCGGGCAGCGGCCCCGGCCCCGACACAGAACCCCGCAAGCUCGCGGACCCUGAGGGCGGAGGGGACGGCGCCACGAGGAGGAGCAAGAGAGAGAAGCGGGAGGAGGGCGAGGCCCGGGUGCCCCGGAGCCCGGCCAUCAAGAUCUCCUACAGCACGCCGCAGGGCACGGGCGAGGUGGUGGAGAUCCCCUCCCGCGUGCACGGAUCCCUGGAGCCCUUCUGCCCCUCCCAGGCCCCACACGGGGGCGGCCAGGACCCCGCUGGGCCCCCCGCCUCCAUCCCCAAGCUAAAGCUGACGCGUCCCGGGCCCCCUGGCACCGGCCUGCCACCCCCCAAGAUCCGCUUGAAGCCCCGGCCCCGGGGGGCUGGGGAGCGGGAGCCCGUGUACAGGGCCGAGCUGGUGGAGGCGCUCAACGGCCACGGGCGGGGCCCCCGGGCCGGAUCCCCGGCUCUCCUCGGCCACGGCUCUGCCGGUCGUGGGCCCGUGGACUCUUCUUCCGGAAGCUCCGGCGAGGACGAGGACUUCAAGCCGUGCGCCCAGGCUCCGCGCGGGCGAGAGGGCCUGGCUUUCCUUGCCGCCUGCCCCGGGAGGGGGCCAGGGUGCGCCGGCGAGUCGGUGUGGAGCAGCGACAGUCCGGACGAGUCCAGAUCGUCCAGCUCGGAAGUCACGUUCCCAGACACGUGUGACCUCUCGUCUGGCGACGGCGCGUCGGUGCGGCCCUCGUCCAAGGACGCGAGGCAGACGGUCCCGCCGCUCACGGUCAGGCUGCACACACAGAGCGUCUCCAAGUGCGUUACCGGGGACGGAAGGACGGUGGCCGUGGGGGACAUCGUGUGGGGUAAGAUUCACGGUUUCCCCUGGUGGCCGGCGCGUGUGCUGGACCUCAGUCUGAGCCAGAAGGAGGACGGGGAGCCCUCCUGGCAAGAAGCCAAGGUCUCGUGGUUUGGUUCCCCAACGACAUCGUUCUUGUCAACUUCAAAACUCUCCCCGUUCUCGGAGUUUUUCAAAUUGCGAUUUAACCGUAAGAAGAAGGGAAUGUACCGGAAGGCCAUCACGGAGGCCGCCAACGCUGCGCAGCACGUGGCCCCGGAAAUAAGGGAGCUCUUGACCCAGUUUGAGACCUAGGUCGGGCGACCAGGUCAUGGACAAUGAGAGCGCAGCUGGGCUGUCUGGAACUUCCGACCUUGGGGUGCCCUCCACGUCCCCCAUUCCGUCUGAGGGACCCGCGUGCCUUCUGGCCAGCUGCGUGCGGAAACGUGCCCGGCCCGGGGGUCCGCCUGCCUGCGGUUCCCCAGAGAGAAGCAGGCGUGUCCCGCACAGAGGACGGCGCCCCCCGGGCAUGGGCUCCUCUGUGGAUGUAUUUGUUCCCCUCGUCAGACUCGGGUGUUCUGGGCUGUGACGUUCCGGGAGCCCAGCCACAGCCUACUGCUGCCUGCGGAGCAGGGAGAGGCACCCCAGUGUCAGGGCUCGGGGCCAGGCCCAGCGCGGGGUCUCUGUGUCCUUGAGAACCGGGCAGCCUACCUCCCCUAUGUCCCUCCCAAAGCUGGGGUCCUGCCCGGUGCCCAGCACCUGCCCUCGGGGGCCGCGACCUGGCCCGCGUGUGUACGAACAGGCUACUCUCUCCUUUCUGUCACUUUAAAGACCAAAAUGAGAAACAGAAAAUGGUUUGUGCUCUUUGUUGAAACAUGAGCGAGAAUAAAGGAAGGUCUGCGCA